AUGAAGAGAAGGAGGAUCAGGAGCAGAAGGAGGCGAACAUGAAGAUUAUGCUCAUGAUUGCCAGGGCGGAGGAGGGGUCUCCCGGGGAGGCCCACGAAUAGAGUGUGCCCAGGCUGGGAGAGCGGGCCUGUUGCGCGGCUCCCCUCAGAAGCGAACGCAGACCACCUGGAAGAUCAGCAUGUCUAAGCCAGCGCCGCCUGGUGCGAGAGGUUAAUGGCACGAUGGGCAAGCUCAAUAUUGCCAUUUCCGCCGCAGGCCUUCUUGACCGGAGUGCGCAAGCACUUCUUAGCUUCACUGGCGUGACCGUAGCCGUGGGGGUCAUGCCUGGGAUAACCCAUACAAGCCAGUGGCAAGGUGAAGAUUUUGUGCUGGGCCCAGAAACGAGUGAGUUUGCCCUCAUUCCAGAAAUCUGGGAUGUCUACCCAAUUGAUGAGGGGAAAUUUCUUCUUGAUGGUCUUAUCAGGUGAUGCAUACUUCUCCAGCCCCCAUUCAUGACGGAAGGUGAAAUCGAUUAGAUCCCCAGGCACUACUCGGAUCAUGUCGUCAUUCACGUAUCCGAUGGCGCUGGAAGGCUUGCCGGUACAUGACCGUACGCAAUAAUCCCAAGAAACAUGAUCUGAUGUGAGCCCACCAAUUCCCUGAACAAAACGGAACCGUGUGUACACAUAGCCAGGCUUAAACGAUUCCAUGCUCGGAAAAUUGUUGUAUACAAAAUCUGGCCGUACUUUGAUCAACCAAUCGUAUGUGGUAUUGUUGGGACUGUACUGAUCUGACUUCAGCCUUGAAAGGCACCUGGCACCCCGUGCUUCUUGGUCUGAAGCCGAGAUCACGAACACCUUCGUUACCUCAGGAGGUGUGGGUCCAACGAGUUGGUCGACGCAGACAUAUAUAUCCACAUCGUGCGUCUUCUUGAUUGGGUGAACCAAAUACUUGACUGUAUUGUCCCAGCCAUUGGAGCGGGACAGUCUCUGCCACCUCUCGUGAUCUGCGUUUUCCUCCGCCCCUGUCAUGCUGUCAAUCAAGUUUGUUGCACUCUCUCUAGCCGCCUCUCGAUGAUUCAAAGUGCGCCCCACGAGCAAGAUUGCUAUAGCCGAACGGGCAGCUCUGCCGCGGCUUCGCCCGGUGGGUGGUGGCCGUGGGCGCCCGACGAGCGCCCCGCCGUGAGCCUGGCCGGCGCCGGCGCCCCCGAGGUCUCGCCGGGGGGGCGGCCGUGGCCGCCGCGCGGGCGCCCCCCCCUGCGCUGGCGGAGGCCGCCGAGGCUUUUCGCCCGGAGGGCGCGGGCCGUGGGCACCUCGUGGGCGCUUUUCGGCGGCGUGUGCCGCAGCGCUCGUGCUGCACGGCCUGCGCAAGAAAUGUGCUGACCAGCUUGCAGUACGGUGCUUGUUGCUCGCAUGGCUGUUACCACAUAGC